CUUCGAGUUUGAGUCUCGGGAGAUCCCGUAGAUUUGAACUCUGACCGCUCCUGCGGCCGGCACCGGGAUAGCACGCAUGCGUAUUUUCUUUGAAUGAGUGGUGCGCUUAUCCUCGCGGCGGCUGCAGGAGCCCUGGCCUUGCUGCUGCUGGCAGUGCGGCUGUGGGUAGUCCUGAGUCCUCGCGCUCCUGUGCCUCGGCGGUCUCUCAGCCUCUUGGUAGUGGCUGGAUCUGGUGGGCAUACCACUGAGAUCCUAAGGCUGCUGGAGAACUUGUCCGAUGCUUAUUCUCCUAGACAUUAUAUCGUUGCUGACACUGAUGAAAUGAGUACCCAUAAAAUAAAUUCUUUUGAACAAAAUCGAGCUGAUAGGAACCCCAGUGCUACGUUUCCUGAAUACUAUGUUCACCGCAUUCCCAGAAGCCGGGAGGUUCAGCAAUCCUGGCUCUCCUCAGUGCUCACCACCUUGUACUCCAUGUGGCUCUCCUUCCCCCUGACUUACCGAGUGAAGCCAGAUCUGGUGUUGUGUAACGGACCAGGAACAUGUGUUCCUAUCUGUAUAUCUGCCCUUCUCCUUGGGAUACUGGGAAUAAAGAAAGUGAUCAUUGUCUACGUUGAGAGCAUCUGCCGAGUGGAACAUUUAUCCCUGUCCGGAAAGAUUCUGUUUCACCUCUCCGAUUACUUCAUUGUUCAGUGGCCGACUCUUAAGGAGAAGUAUCCCAAAUCUGUGUACCUCGGGCGAAUUGUUUGACCUACGACAACUUACUUCUUUAGAAUUUUGCUAGCAACAGUGUUUAUUGUAAAUGGGGAACAAAAAAACAUUUUUUAUAAAGAAGCUUUUGAAAAUCCUGAGAAUUAUUGGUGGUCAAGAGUGAAGAAAUGUGUCAGUAACCCAGUGAGGAAACUGAGGUUCCUCUUAUAAAACAAACAUUAAUAAACUAUUAAGUAUGUA